AUGCAGGACUUCGUAUUGCGCCUGAACUCAGUUUUCAAGGAGCUUCUGCCUCAAGCUUCCUCGAAUGCAAUCUGCGUGGGCAGGAAUACUUUGUCAGAUUUCCACAGGGACUCAGGGAACCAAACAGGUUCGCUGAACCACACUUUCACGCUUGGCACCUUCACUGGCGGCCAGCUUUGGCUCGAAGAUGCGUCGGGCACUUCUCAGGCCACUGUCGCAGGCGACAGUCACAUCAGGGGUAAAAUCGUAGAUACGUUUUGUUGCCCCACUAGUUUCCCGUGCAACUUGUGGCAUAAGACGAUGCCCUUCACAGGUGAGCGGUGGGUCGUCACACUCUACACUCUUUCAGGUGGGCAACCCGCCACGUUGCUCCCAUUGGGUUUUCCGUGUGAUCCUGCUGCCGCGGCGCAACAGCUCCCUCCGCCUCUUCAGCCUGUUUUGCCGUUGGAGUGUGCACCUUUCGGGUCUAGCCCUUCUGCCCCCGCUCCUUUGGGUUCUAGUCCCGCCUCACCCGCCGACCCUCCUUGCAAACGCCUGAAAUCGCAAGCUCAAGCCGAGCCGACUCCCAGACAUGAGAAACCGCUGUUUCUGGAAAUCUGUAGUGGGUCUGCUAUGCUGUCUUAUGUUGCCAAAGAGGCCGGAUACACAGCCGUGCCCAUCGACUGGCAUCACAACAAACAGCGGACGUGUGUGCACACCUUACAGCUCGACUUGCGGCUGGCCAGCACUUGGUCUUUCUUGCGACGCAUUUGCUCCGAGUACGAUGUUGCCUGGGUGCACAUGGCUCCUCCAUGCGGCACCGCUAGCCGGGCUCGGGAGUGCGGUCCCGGCCCUAAGCCAUUGCGUUCGGUCCGUCAUGUGCGCGGCCUGCCCGGCCUCCCACCAGUGGAGCAGGCGAGGGUGGACAGUGCAAACACCAUUUAUGAUAGCAUGGCCGCCUUCUGUGACUGGCUGCUGCAUGCCAUGCCGCAUGUUCCCUUCUCUGUUGAGAACCCUCUUCACAGUUACCUGUGGCAGCUCCCGAGGUGGGCCGAGCUGCUCGCCAAGCACUCCUUCGUCACAUUCGACUCGUGCCGCCACGGGUCACAACGCAAGAAGGCCACCGCCCUCCUCACGAAUUCGGAGCUUCUGCACUGCCUUUCGGGACCAUGCCCGGGAUGCUCCUCGCACUUGCCGUGGGGUAAGCUGGGCAAUACUUUUGCGACAGCUGAGGAGACGGGCUAUCCCAAACUUCUUUGCGAAAGGAUUGUCUCAUGCGUGGAUAAGUCAGCUGCAUCACGAGGGAUUGCGCCUGAACGCCUAGUGGCCUCCAAGGUUUCUGCUGCGCGUGCCGCAGGUCAGGUGCAACCUCGCGGCCGCAAGUUUCCGCCAAUCAUUUCUGAAUUUGCUUACACUAUGUCAGUCGCCAGUGCUGCGGCUCCCACUCUCAACUCCAAGCACUGCCUUUCGGCUUCUUGGCACGGCGUCCCUGCAGGCGCCAAGCUCCUCCGGGAGUCAGUUGAAAGGGGAGGUUCGCGACUCCCAGAGGGGAACAAGUUCUACACUUUUGGCGUCUAUCGAUCCAUGCAAGCUUUCUUGAACGAGGCAAAGUUGGUUGUGCACCCCUUCGAUUCUGCCAAAUCACUUCCAGAUGAACUUUUGCGAGUCUUGUUUGACACUCUUACGAAGAGCCCGGUUGACACCAUGAAGCACCGUCUUUUGAAGCUACAACAGUGGCGAGCCCUCGCCACGCAGCUUGAUCCCGAAGAAGAGAAAAUCAGAUCGGCGAUGGACCCUUGUGUGCGGAAGAUCCUUAGUUGUAAGCGCAUCGCACUCAUGAAGAGGAUUGCCGCCGACUUGUCGUGGCCUGACACGGCCCUCUUCGAUGACCUGGCUGCCGGCUUUAAGCUAACGGGAUACUUGGGGCGUACGGGUGUAUUCGCUAGUGAUGUCAAACCUGCCACGAUGGACCUUGACGAUUUCUGGGCAAGUGCUCCCCUCCGGAGGGAAACCCUGCUUGAAAAAGUCAGAGCCCAGAAGGACCAUGACUAUGCCGAGGAGCUUUGGGACAUGACGCUUGAGGAGUCUAACAGAUCGGGGAAGUGCUGGCUUGACGGCCCGAUCGACGUUGACUCUUUGGGGGACAAGUUCCCUGAAGGCUGGAACGCCUGCCGGCGUUUUGCAGUCUGGCAGGGCAAGUGGCGUGCGAUCGAUGACUUCUCGGAAGCCGCUGUGAACUCUUGUUUCGGAUGCUUUGAACGUGUCACUCUCAAGGCCCUUGAUGAGAUUUGCUGGCUGUGCAUGCAAGUUUGCCGUGCGGCAAAAUCUUCAGGAUCCCUCGAUCUUGAGCUCAGCACGGGUGAGAGACUCAAGGGACCCCUCCAUACGGCUUGGAAGGACCCUGACCGUGUCCGUCCUCACUGCAAAACUUACGAUCUUCAAGCUGCCUACAAGCAGCUCGCACUGCACCCUAGCGAGAGGCCGAAAUCCGUUAUCCUGCUCAGGGAGCCGGGCUCCCGCGCCGUCAAGGCCUUUGUGUGCAACACUCUUCCUUUCGGAGCUUCAGCCUCGGUCAUGCAGUUUAACAGGGUUGCAUUAUUCCUGCAGAGGGUUCUUUGGGAUUUGAGGGUGGCCGUAACUUGCUACUAUGACGAUUUCCCGACAAUGACCCCUUCGUUCUUGUCUGGCGGGACUGACAAUGCAGUUCAUGCCCUCAUGGACCUGUUUGGCUUCACCUUGUCCGAGAAAGAAAAGCCGUUCUCGUGCACUGCAGAAACGCUGGGUGUCGUGCUGGAUACCUCCGAUCCUGACAUGGGCCGCAUCUUCGUAUCGAACAAGCCCGAACGAGCUGCCAUGCUUGAACAGUCCUUGGGCCGCAUCCUUGAAAAGGGCCAGGUAGACACGCGGGAGCUGCCAUCCCUUCUUGGGAAGCUUCGCUUCGCAGAUGCUCAGCUGCUUGGUCGCACAGGGCGAUUGGCCCUGGCCGACCUUAGGCUCUUCGGUGACAGAGGGGGUGUCUUGAACCUUACGGAUACUCAAUCGAAUGCCUUGGCUGUUCUGAGGGCAAGACUUCUUGCGAGCAGGCCGCGUGCCAUUGUGACGAGCCCUGCCUCGAACCCAGUCCUCAUCUUCACAGAUGGCGCAUGCGACCCUUGCGAGGGCGGCUUCAGUACUGGGGUCGAGCUUUACGCGGUCGUGCUUGCCAGGAUCCUGUGGUCGAGUUACAUUGAUGGCGAACGAUGCAUAUUUUUCGUCGACCAUUCCGGCGUCUUGAGUGCUUGCAUCAACUCGAACUCGAUCGAUGCAUCUUGGAGGAGUCUCCUUCUUCACUUGGAGGCCGCCGAUGAAGCACGCCCGUGCUUGCCGUGGUUUCAUCGUGUACCGAGCCAGAGCAACAUCGCGGAUCCGCCAUCCCGAGGCAGAUGGGAGGAGCUGGCAUUCCUUGGUCCCGUCACUCGUGACGACGAGGCUGCUGCUCGAGGUGCACCUGAUGAGCGGCAAAGUGGAUCUGCCAAUGGCUGCCGGUGGCAUGACUGCUGUGGUGUGUGCCCGGACCUCAAGGACUAUCCUGAUGCUGGGUUUUGGUGCUUGCCUUGCUUGGAUCUUGCUUUGCUGGCCGUGCUGAUGGACUUGGCCGACGGAGCUGUGACGACCCCGCCUAGGACUCGCCGCUUCCUGGAUGUGUCCCCCGACAUGUCUCAGCUGGAGCCUGACUGGAGUCAGAUGCCGGACAUGACCCCAGCGGCACCGAAGAAGCGGGCCAAGCGCCAUUGGGUCAAAGGACAACUUCCAGACUGGACGGCCAUGUCGCCGGUGAGCAGUGCCCCGUCCUUUGCGACCCCGACGAAGUCACAGUGUGAUGAGAUGUCGCCGCCGAAGAAGGACGCACAGGAGCUGCAGCCGUGUUCAUCGACGCCUCCGGCUUCCUUGUCCAAGGGCGGUGCACCUCGAACACCUCCAGAGGAUCGUCAGGUGCAGGAUGCAUCGAGAAGCUCGACAGAGGCAGCCUCGAAGGAUCCCGAAGGUGGCCGCAAAGCCUGA